AUGCUGUCGAGUCGGCCAACGCGACUGGCUGAUUGCAUCACAUCUCCCCUUUCAACUCGCGCCCGUGAACUCAUCACUCCCUUCAACUUGACUGGCCUCGGUCCGCUCUGCCAACAAGACCCGGCGGCAGAGUUGCAGGCCAAGAUCGACUGCCAAUCAUUGAAACUGCACACUCAACAAUCCCUGAAAAGUGCAACUGGGCGCCCCGGAUGUACAGGCAGCGCAGAACUGAAGUCUUGUCCUGUUCUGUCGUCUUCUGAACUUGUCAACCAAGUGCAAUUCGUCAAUCUCCACACCGAGCCAAGAAGACAUGAGGCGGGACUCGAACCAGGACCAAUUGAAGUUAUGACAAGAGCUGGGUUUUAA